CGUUCCUCCUAACUGGUCCAGCCCUAGCCGCGCAACUCCGCCGCCGACGUCAUCCGGAAUUCCGCGGCUUGCUCCGCCGCCGCCGCCCGCCGCUUCGCUUCUUCCUGCCGAGUAGCGUGGUCGAGGUCCCGGAAGGAUGAGGAAGCUCGCGUUCCACGAGCAGAAGCUGCUCAGGAGGACCAACUUCUUGCGUGAUAAGGGACAGCGCGAGGCCCGCGUCACGCAGCGCUACCACAUCGUCGAGAGGGACGACUACAAGAAGUACAAUGGGAUAUGCCGGAUGGUGCAGAAGCAAGUGAACACCAUCAAGCAGAUGGACCCGAGGGACCCUUGCAGGAUCGAGAUGACAGACAUGCUGCUCGAUAAGCUGUAUAAUAUGGGUGUAAUUUCAACAAAAAAGAGCUUGGUAAGAUGUGAAAAACUUUCAGUGAGCUCCUUCUGCAGACGAAGACUUGCAACGGUUAUGACGAGGAUAAAGAUGGCAGAACGCCUCAAAGAAGCCGUGACGUACAUCGAACAGGGUCAUGUGCGUGUUGGCCCAGAAGUUGUCACCGAUCCAGCCUUUCUUGUAACCAGGAACAUGGAGGACUUCAUCACCUGGGUGAAUUCCUCAAAGAUCAAGAAGAAAGUCAUGGAGUACAAUGAUGCAUUGGAUGAUUAUGACGCGAUGGCUUGAGAGCAGGAAUUUCUGUGGUCACCAAUCUAGGUUGAUGUUUGAUAUUUUUGAGGCCGUGAUCUCAGGCAGUUGUUGCAGAGCUGCUUGCAUGUGCCUUUGGCUGUCUUGCGCUGCAGAUGGGGAUGCCAUUUGUAGUUACAUAUCCUUAUAAUAUUAUUUUGUUGGUUAAUGACAGAGAUGAUGUGAUCUUAAGGUGUGAUAUCCACACUACGCCGUUAGUCCGGUUUGGUGAUUCCCUUCC